AUGAGACUAUUCGAGAAGUGCGUGUAUAAAUCUGAAAUCGCACCUAUCACAAGAAAUAACAUUGAUCCUGACCAAUUUGCUUAUAAAAAGGGUCACAACUCGACUAUGGCCCUGAUUAAAUCCCAACAUCAAUGGCUAGAGUGGCUGGAUAAAAACGCUAAUUAUGUUAGAGUGCUGUCCUUCGAUUUCAGCAAAGCAUUUGACAGUGUGCCUCACGAUCGUUUGUCUGAAAAAGUUAAAAAGCUACCCAUUAAUCCGUAUGUGGUGAACUGGAUAAUUAGCUUUCUAGAAAAUAGAAUACAAAGAGUAAUGGUUGAUGGAAUUGUUACAGAAUAUUUAUAUAUUAAUGGUGGUGUUCCUCAAGGUACCGUUUUAGGCCCAGGUCUUUUCUCGAUAAUGGUCGAUGAUAUUAAAACUGCUGAUCCUAGUAAUGUGUUAGUCAAAUUUGCUGACGAUUUGACGUUAGGAGUGCCUGGCAACGAAAGUGGUGACACAUUUCGAUCUGAAGCUGCCUGUUUACAGGAUUGGGCGGAAAAGAAUAGAAUGCCCUUAAAUUUGGAAAGAACGUACGAAAUGGUUGUUCGCAGACACACCUCUGUAGUUUUGCCUGAGCUUAUCCCUCCAAUUAAGCGAAAAACAUGGCUAAAGCUUUUAGGAGGUACUCUACAAGAUAAUCCGUGCAACUGGGAUUUGCACUUCGAAGAAAUGCUCAAAAAAGCAAGUGGAAGAAUGUACAUUAUGAGAGUUUGCAAAUACUAUGGACUAUCAAUUAAACAAUUAGAUCUGCUGUUUGAUAGCCUAAUUAUGUCGAUAUUCACUUUUGCUUUUGAGCUGUGGGGUUGUGCAUAUGACGGUAAAUAUUUGAACCAAAUAGAUAAAUUCAUUAAAGGUGCACAUAAGAAUGUUUUAAUUAUAUAUCAAAACGCACACACAUUAAAGAAAUACGUGAUAAGAGAGAUGAGAAACUGUGGAACAAAAUAA